GAACGGACUCAAACAAUGCCAAAAACGAUGCCACAAUUGAGGAUAUUUCAAAUACUUGUGCUGCUCGUGCCGCUGUCCUAUGCACAGGAGCCACCGCCGCAGGUCAAUCUGGCCAACGAAAUUCGAGCGCGCCACUGGAGUUACAUGCGACAUGGCCAGAACUGGCGCGGUAUAUGCAACACGGGGCAGGAACAAUCCCCCAUCAGAUUGGAUGCCAAGAAAUCAGUUUUCAUUACGUUGCCGGAUAUUGAGUUCGAGAACUACGACGAAAUACUGCGUUUCCCAGUCAUUUUGCAGAACAAUGGGUACACGGCCCACAUGGAUAUACCGGAAACGAGGAACAACAGGAGACCCUACAUAACGGGCGGCAUGCUCCAGGGUCGCUACAUGGCGGAGAGCCUCCAGUUCCACUGGGGAUCCUCGAUAUGGACCGCGGGGGGUGCCGAGCAUUGGAUCGAGGGGAAACACCACGAUGUGGAGAUGCAAAUUGUUCACAGGAACUUCCGGUACCCAAAUCUCAGCGAAGCCGUCAAGCAUAAGGAUGGUCUCGCCAUACUCGCAGUUAUCUUCCGAAUCGACAGGGGUCCAGGCUACACUGCUCGCGCGCUCAAAAAAAUCACCGAUCAACUGUUGAAAAUUCGACGCUUCAAGGAUCAGACGCUUAUCGAGGAGGACCUCACUUUGAUGGAGCUGUUGGGCGACCUAAACACCAAGAGGUUCUUCACGUACAGCGGCUCCCUGACGACGCCCGACUGCCAGGAGGUGGUCACCUGGACGGUGUUCAGCCAAACCUUGCCCAUAGGCGUCGAUGAGGCGAACAAUUUCUGGAAUCUAACGAGCUUCGGGGGUCAAAAACUAUUGGCCAACUAUCGCUAUGUCCAGAACCUGCAUGACAGGACGGUGUUCAUUAAUUCGAAUCGAUAAUGAAGGAUAUCCCUAUAUGCCUCCCCCCUUUCGAAGGACAGCAAAUACAUAAUAAACUCUACCAAGAGUCAAA